UAUUUCCCCAGAGUCUCCUGCCAGGCUGGAGAGAUGCUCCAGUGCCUGCCUUUGGAAGGCAAAGAAGGACCAGAGUCAGAAAAGAGGGAGGACCAUUCCAUGGAAGAUCCGAAAGAAGUCGUCACCCUGGCUUUCGUGAGAGAGAACACUGGGACGCAAAAGGGGCUUCAGAACGCCCAGCAGCAAGGCAAGAAGAGGAAGAAAAAGAGAUGAUUGGUGAUCAAUCUAUCCAGCUGCCGAUAUAAGAGCGUGCGCAGGGCCGCCCAACAGUAUGGCCUUCGAGAAGGAGGGGAAAAUGAGGACUGGACUCUCUACUGGACUGACUACUCCGUGUCGCUAGAGCGAGUGAUGGAAAUGAAAAGUUACCAGAAAAUCAAUCACUUCCCAGGGAUGAGUGAAAUCUGUCGCAAGGACUUGCUGGCCCGGAAUAUGAGCCGCAUGUUAAAGAUGUUCCCCAAAGAUUUCCACUUUUUCCCUAGGACCUGGUGUCUUCCUGCUGACUGGGGAGAUUUGCAGAACUACAGCAGGUCAAGAAAAAAUAAGACAUACAUUUGUAAGCCGGAUUCGGGCUGCCAAGGGAGAGGUAUAUUCAUCACCCGGACAGUGAAAGAAAUCAAACCAGAGGAGGAUAUGAUCUGUCAGCUCUAUAUUUCAAAGCCCUUUAUCAUUGACGGGUUCAAGUUUGACCUACGGAUUUAUGUGCUAAUGACAUCCUGUGACCCUCUCAGGAUUUUUGCGUACAAUGAAGGACUGGCGCGCUUUGCCACGACCUCUUACUCCCACCCUUGCACAGACAACCUGGAGGAUAUCUGCAUGCACCUGACUAAUUAUUCCAUCAAUAAGCACAGCUCCAAUUUCGUUCGAGAUGCUCACUCUGGCAGCAAGAGGAAGCUCUCCACCUUCAACAUGUACAUGGAGAGCCACGGCUACAACGUGGAGCAGAUGUGGAGAGAUAUUGAGGACGUCAUCAUCAAGACCAUCAUCUCGGCCCACCCCACCAUCAAGCAUAACUACCAAACCUGCUUCCCCAACCACACACUCAACAGUGCCUGCUUUGAAAUCCUGGGCUUCGACAUUUUGUUGGACUGCAAACUCAAGCCCUGGCUGCUGGAGGUCAACCACUCCCCGAGCUUCUCCACUGACUCCCGGUUGGAUAAAGAGGUGAAGGACAGUCUGCUGUACGACACUUUGGUUCUGAUCAACUUGGGAAGCUGUGACAAAAAGAAAGUGUUGGAGAGGGAAAGACAACGGGGGCGAUUCCUGCAGCAAUGUCGUUCUCGGGAGACCAGGAUCGAGGAAGUCAAGGGUUUUCAGGCCAUGCGUCUAAAGAAAACUGAGAAAUAUGAGAAGCAAAACUGUGGAGGGUUCCGCCUCAUUUAUCCCAGUCUGAAUUCGGAGAAGUAUGAGAAAUUUUUCCAGGACAACAGCUCCCUCUUCCAGAACACUGUUGCCUCUAGGGCUCGGGAGGUGUGUGCCCGGCAACUGAUCCAGGAGCUGAGACUAAAACAGGAGAAAAAAUCCUUCCAAACGAAAGAGAAGAAGGUAGAGAUGCAGGGGGAAACAUCAGGCGAGCCAGCGAGAGGCAAGAGCGAGAGGAGCUGGCGACAGAAACAACAGCAGAAAUGCAAGGCUGCCACCACCUACGCCUCCAAACAAUAUCUCCAGCCAUUGACGUUAGUGUCCUUCAUGCCUGACUUGCUCUUGAGUGUCAGGGAUGCAAAGAAAAAUGAGACAGACAGCAGCCUUGACCAGGAGGCUCCCAAGAAGGAGGCUGGCCCUACUCCCCCCAAGCCUACGUCUGCGAGGCAUCACAGCUUUGUACCCGUCCUGAGGGAUUCAAGCCUUGUCAGCUGCUCCAGGCUGGAGCUCAGUAAACCCAUCUCCGGAAUCAAGGAAGCCAAGUCUGCUUCUACAAUGAACAUAUUCCCUGGCACCGUGCCUCUCACCUCAGUAGAAACCUCCCCUGAAUCCACUACCCAGGUCUCAGACUCUCCUGAGUCUCUGCCAAGCGUGACCAUGACUACAAGCUCUGAAUGCAGUAGCCCAGAGAUGGACAGGGUGGUCUCUUUUAAAUGCAAGCAACAUCAGAUCCCCCAGCACCUCAUCCAGGAGAAAAUAUCAAACAUUUCUCUGCCUACAAAAUCUCAGAGUUUGUUGGAGAGUCUGAACCCAAGGUGGACUUUGCUAAAGAAUGACACGAAGAAGCAGCAUCUGAUGUCAGAGCUAUUCACCAAGAUUCAACUGAGGGAGAAGCUCUCCUUGUUCCCAGCUCGCUACAACCCAAAGCUGGUGCUGAGUAACCAGUCAAAAAACCCCUCCCUGACCCAGGAAGCCUACUUCCACGGCCAAACCUCUGACAAGAAGAGGCAGUCGGAUGUGCCCUCCCUCCUCCUCUUGCAGAGUUCUCACAGCCAGGAUGUUUCUCUGCAUGAUCUGCUGGUGGUGGCCACUCCAGCCCGCCUGGAUCCAAGGCCUGGCAGAAGCCAUCCAGGUGCUAUGAGGGACCCGUGUAUACAGGAUAAGCAAGCAUACAGUCACUGCCUGAUCUCCGGCCAAAAAGGAUGUGAGAAGACCUAGGUAAGCCCACCCACAUUCCCUUAACGUGUUGGGUGCAUUGGCAGGCACUAUGUGUAUAUAUUUCUGGAACGUCGGGAGGGUAGGUGGAUGGAUGGAUUGAUGAAAACAUAAAGGUAAGUAGACAAUUAAGACUAACCUUAGUCAAAAUGUGACCCCCUUGCAAUGUAUAUUUCUGCUAUGACUGAUCUGUCCCCACUGCUUUAAGUGCACUUUCCCUCGUCUUCCACUUAUGGCUAAAAUUAGGACAGUCAGAAAUGGUGAUCCCAGAAGUAGAACCAUGUCAACCUUGAGGGAUUGAUUUCCGCACUUUUCAUGCUGUGUCAGCCUGGCCUAGGUCCAGGUCACUUGUCCCGAAAGCUGGCCCUGUAAUGGAGUGUACUGAGGGGACAGAACAACAGGACAGUGGAGCCUGAGAAGAUUUGGAAACAAAGACCUUUAAGCUUUGAUUCCACUAUGUGAAAGGACCAAAGAGAUAGCAAGGAGCCCUCUGUCAGAACUUGAGUGCUUCUGAAGGAAGGUGGUACGUAAAACUUAGGGGAACUCUACAACGUAGCAUUGCCUAUAGUAGAGGGAUUUAUGGUGUUUGGCUGCCUAAAGAAGAAGGCUAUACAUUUUAAUUAUCUCCCUCACUCCUGCCACCUAAAGCAGACUGUGACCAGAGGGACUGACCUGGCCCCCUCGUGAUCAGUAGCUCACACUGCAGAAGGGCCAGUGAGUAAACAUCAGCCCAUAGGCAUCA